AUGGUUCGCAACGCAGGAGCUCGUGGUUCGAACGUUUCGCGUUCCGAUGUGACACAGGCCAUCGACAACAGGCAAAUGGCACCUUCCCAAACAAGCGACAUCCCCUUUCCUCCCGAAUUACUCGAGAAGAUAUUCACAUUCGCAAAUGACGGCACCAGGUUCAUCGAUUUCUUUGAUUUCAUGCUUGUCUGCAGAGCCUUCCGCGAUACUGUAUACGGAAUGGCCACAUUGUGGACCGACUUCAACGUUAACCUCGAGCGGGACACCGACAUGCGUGACCUUUUAGAGUGCCUGAAGUACUGGUUCAAGCGCGCCAAAGAGCUACCAGUCACAGCAAGAUUCGUUUGCUGCGACUACUUGCUGCCCCGUCAAAUGGAGCUGCUUCACGCCUUCCUCUUUUCCGACGACACUCGCCUGCUCGAGGGUCUCAGCAUCUCGUUGCGGGAAGCGGCACUCUUGGGUGCUGAAUGGAUUGGGAAGUUCCUUGAUGCAUCCCUCCCAGCUGCAGAUGGGGCACGGUCACGCUUUGCUGGUAUGAAGACGGUCAGACUCGGCGUCAACGGGGUUAUAGCCCUGCGCGGGCACCGAACCCUCCCAAAACUCUUUCCGAGUGCGGAGACUCUGGAGAUUGUAUGCGACAAUCUCUACACCGUCGUCAACGACGACGGGCCAUACAUCAGGUGGCCAGUCCAACUCACCUCAGCCAACCUCCGAGAACUUAGAAUUCGGAUACCCAUUCCCGCGAAUCACCACGACGAAGUCUUGGACCUAUUGCACAAACUUCUCGUCCAGCUGCCUGACAUCCAGGUGCUGGACCUUGCCAUCGUGCCGAGGGGAAAAUAUACAGAACCGUCGCUCUUAGGUCCCAACUCCCCUGCGCCUUUGAACGUCACCCACAACUCCCUUACCGACUUGACCUUGACCGGUUGCAUGGUCUUCAUAUCCACGUAUGUUCUUCCCAGACUUACCUGCCCCAAGCUUCGAGCACUCCGCCUCGAGAACCACCGAAGCGUGGCAGACCAAAGUCGCGGCAGCCACCACGUUAUCGCAAUAAGCAUCCUCGCCUUCAAGGAGCGGAGCAAAUGGGAGCUCGAGCAUCUCGCUUUAAUCGAUAGCAGAAUCGACGACGACGCUGUCGAGGGCCUCCUUUCCGAUCUCCAUAGUCUCGUCAGCUUCAAGCUCGUCGUGUGGGCCAACGCCGAUGGCAAAUUCUUCGGACGCCUUCAAGACCUAGCCCGAACCCAGCCCGUUUUACCGCUGUUGGAAGAGCUGUUCGUGGCAUGCGUCCAUUACGAGUUUUACGAGGUCAUCGUUGGACAUAAGGUCCACUAUCUCCCCCCGCGGGAGGUUGUCGACUUUGACAGAAAGGGAUUCGACAGGUUCACAGCCUAUGCAUCACGCCCGCUGAACAAAGUUGCGUUGUCGGUGGAUAGGCGAACGAUUGCAUUUAGCAUGGGUCUCAGCCCACGGGAGGUAAAGAGGAUGAGAGACGAGAUGAAAAUUCCUAUGUUUGUGCCGUAG